AUGGCUCAAACAACGUCCAACCUAAACGCGGACACCGGGCCCGAGAAACAGGACUCACUCUCCCUGCCAACUAAAACAGCAACCCUCCAAUUCUUCGACGGCUCAGAUCCGAAAUGGGCGACUGAAAAGCCGUUCUACUCCAACAUUCCCUUUACGCAGACCAAGAUCGCCAAUACGAAUGUCAUCAAUACAAGUGCACGGGUUCAGAUCUCUGAUGCCAGAGGCCACGAAUCCGAGUUCACUUUAGAUAAGAAUGGCUUCCAGCUGGUCAAAUGGAAGCAUCGGUUCUCUGAUGUCGGGCCUUCUUUUCAAGAAGAAGGGUAUCCUGCUGUGGUCAAAUUUAUGAAGGAUGUUCUGGGGAGUCACGUCAAAGUUUGUGUAUUUGAUCAUAUUGUAUGUUUCUACUGCUUGCUCUGGACAGCGUUAAUGAAGCAGGUCCGCCAGAGUCAACCGCGCGGCUCUGCACCUGGAGAGGAGAAAGGCUACAUUGGUCGUCCAAGCAAAGUGGCUCAUAAUGAUCAAACCUAUGAAGGAACAAUCGCCAAGAUCAAACACGACUUCGGCUCCCAAGCAUCAUCGAUUCUCUCUCAACGCUUCAGGAUAAUAAAUGUUUGGAAACCCCUCAAGCCGAUCCGUCAAUACCCCCUCACACUUUGCGACUACCGCACAUGUGAUAAGAAAGACGGCCAUCGAAGCGAUUUGGUAUACCCCCACGUUGUGAGUGAGAAUAUCCUUUUCUCUUACUCACCAGAUCAGAAAUGGUAUUAUGUUAGUGACCAAUCUGAUGAGGAGGUUUGGCUGAUCAAGACGAUGGAUUCUUUGGCGAGGAGCGAGGAUGUUGCCAUGUACACAAUGGAAGCCGAGAGAAGUCGUUCCAGGUCUCGCGGUCGCCCUACCGACGCAGACAAGAAACGCUACGAGGAUGACACCAUGUCCCGCGAAAGCUCUUUGGACUCUCACGUCAUCUGUCCCCAGCCAACCAAGGCUCAGCCCUGGAAGCAGGCCCUCCAAGUUGAGAAAGACUCUGGAACCAACCCCCUUCUGAACUGGGAGCCUAAUGCUAUGGACUUUGGUGAGAAGCCUUGGCUCAAGAUUGACUGGUCCAAGAUUGAGGGAACUGGACCUGGAGGUGUUCGUAGCAAGUCUCCUGAUCAGAUGUGUGGUUAUUCUGUUGGAAACCUCAAGCUUGUUUGAGCUUGGGCUUAAAGGUUAUGAGUUUGUCAGAUUGUGCUGGAUACGAGCUACUAAAUUGCAUUUGUCUGUUGAAUCUGUAUCCUGAUAUCCCGUAAAU